CACGCUUCACAUUAUUCAUUGCUCAUUUAUAGGGUUGGCUGCACAACUGACGGAGCGGGGGAGGGCUCUGUAAAAAUAGAAGUUGAAUAGGAGAUCCGUCUCCCUUCUGCCUCUUGCAACAUGGAUUGGUUUCACUGCAAUCAAUGCUUCCGUCAGGAGGCAUCUGACUUUUGCGUCACUAGCUGUGGGCACAUAUUUUGCAAAAAAUGUGCCGGCACAGAUAAAUGCCCGUCUUGUGGAACAAGCUGCAAAUAUUUGUUUCUCAAUGAUAAUAUAAAACCAGAGGAAAAAAAGUUUUUCAGAAGUCCUAUUGAAACAGCACUAAACUAUAUUGCUCACAUUUCUCAAGUGUGGAUGUUCCAGAAAGGCCAGAUGGAACUGCUGGUAUCUUUCUACAAACACAACGCUUCAAAAGCUAAUGGAGCCCUACAGCAAGCAGUGCAAAAACUGUCUACCCAGGAAAAGGAACUGGAGGAAAUUCGGAAGGAAAACAGGGAAUUGAAAAAGAAGUACCUCACCUUGAAGCAGUCUGUUCCAAGACUCCAGGAGAGUAGCAGGAACAGUACACCAAGGCCAGUUGCCAUCACUCCUCCAUCACAGAGAGUCACACCACGGCCUAUUUUCCAGCGCUCCAGUGAAGUUGUCAGCCGUUCUUCUUCUAUGGAGUCUAUCUCUUCCCGAGGCAGUCACUUACUGAACUGGCAACAUGCCACAGGAGCCACCAGGAGGACCCCAGCAGACUCUGCUCAGGCUACUCCUUCUCCAGUGUCCACUCAAAGUUUAUUCUACAGGGCCUCUCCCUCCUCAUCCCACGCCCCCAGCAUGAAUGUCUUCAACCUACAGCCUCCUGCUGUGAGGCAAAGUCAAAGUGGGCAACGACAGGAGACCCCAUACUUAAAUUUCAACAUCUUUACUGAGAGAGAUGGAGUUUCUAUGUCAGAAAGUCAGAUCACUGAGAGGCUGCGCCCCAUACAGCUGAGAUUUACACCUCAUUCAACACCAUCCUUUCAUAACCGGCACUCAUCCAUCAUGGAAGUCCACCAGCAAUAAUGGGGGGAGUACGCAAGCAUUUCUGCAUUUCAUCAGCCAAUAGAGGCAAGGUAGGGUACCUUGCUCUGACAUCUGACAGCGUUCAUUCCCUGCAUUUUGAAGCUCAAUUGAAGUCAUCGGUUAGCACCAUUCUUUCUUUCACACAUAACACACCCAAAAAAACUCAUACAGUUUCUGGUGACAUCUCACAUGGCAGACACCAGUGGUUUGAUAAACUUUUAUAGGGUUUCUAUUGGAGGACAGAGGGUUAAAAGUACAGCUGGUGAACUUUACCUCAGGUCAGCAUUACGAAUCUACAGUUAUUCAGACUGCCUAUGGAUCUUAGAAUAAUUUUGCUCAGACUGUGAUCAGAUUGUUUUAGGAAGAAGCGUGGAGGUGCCUUUGAGAUUGUCGGUUACUAAAAUGCAGCAAACAUCACUGUGCAAAAUUCAAAGAUUUCAUUUAUUUCAUCCCCAUAAUAUGGAACUACUUUGUCUGUAUCCCAUAUUGAGGAUAUAUAGGUGAGCA